AUGCUUCAAUACAUAAAAGGCGAUCUCUUCUCUCACACUUCGUCUAAGAAGGUCAUUUUGGCCCAUGCCUGUAACCCGUUUGGUCUGUGGGGUGGAGGCAUCGCAGCUCAGUUCAGAAAAAGGUACCCUUCAGCCUAUAAGUUGUACGCUGACCAUUGUCACCAACAUGGAAACACCCUUCUUGGGAAAUGUUUGGUGGUUCCGGCCGAUGCCCAAUCCAAGGUGUACAUAGCUUGUCUUUUCACGAGUAACUUUGAGAAUUCACCAUCACAAAUCGUGGAGUACACCAAGCAAAGCAUGGCUGAGCUCACUGAGCAAUUGAAGACCAUGGAGAAUGUAGAAACACACAACGGGAAAACCACUAUAAACAUGCCAAUGAUCAACAGUGGCAUCUUCAAUGUUCCUUGGAAAGAUACUGAGGCUGUGUUGCAGAGCACUGACCUCAACAUCAAUGUAUACACCAUUGACUAA